AAGAAAGGCAAGUGGCCGACCGACAUGACUUGUGCUGUGGUGGUAGUCUAUGGCGCGGUGUGGUUAGCGCUUGGCGUCAUGGGAGAUGAGUCGAAGAGCCUUCGAUCAAAGGGGGUAUACGUGAUUCCCCAAGAAAAUACUUCGUCCGUGAAGUUGCUCGUCGCCGCAUUUGCUCGCUCGGCCCUGUCUCCGCUGCAAGUCGAAGGUAUUGACACAUUUUCGUGGGAUGCAGUUGCGGCACACGCCGAUGAUUUCGACUUGGUUUGGUCAUUAUCCCCGCUUCAGUUUGCUCAACUCGGAAAACUGAGUCCGCGACACAAAGUGAACCAGUUGCCUGGGCAUGAUAUAUUGACAACAGCUACCCAGUGGAAUGCCCGGUACAUGUUGCUCCAGAAACACCACGGCCCGUAUGACUUCGGCUUUAUGCCCCCCGAAUUCUACCUUCCGCGACACAAAGAUGCCUUUGUCAAGGCGUUUGAUGCCAUGCGGACCAUCGCUCGCUUUAGCGACCGCCUGAAGGUUGAUGCAUACUACAAGCGCCGGUGGCUUGUCACCAAGACACCCACAGACCAAGCUCCAUCGAAAAGUUUUAACAUUCUCAUCGAUCUAAGGCAGCUCGAGGCUCAGCAAGACCAGCAGCUCCGCGUCGUCCACGUCGUCGAGCCCAUGUUGUUUUCUGGUCACAAAGCACACGUUGGGGUGUUCGUGGUCGUGACGUCCCUGGACCCUCUUCGCAUUUACAUUUUCCACAACGUUCUAUUGCGCAUCAGUCGGCUGAAGUACCCCACGGUGCUCGAGACGUCAUCCCCCCGUGCAUCGUUCCAAGUAUCCGACAGAGCCGCCGACUGGCUGCCUCCAUGGGAGGUUGACGAUCUUCGAGACCAUUACAAGGAGCUGCCGUCGUCGCAAUCGGAAGGCACGAGCCACCUCAAGGUGCUCCUCCAACAACUUGACCACGCCGGUGUCGAUGUCGCCAAGUUUCAGAAAGACAUGCACGGCAAUGUUGUGAAAAUUAUUGCGUCGUGUCGAAGUCACUGGAUCAAGCAAGCUCGACAAGCGAAUCUACCGCCACAAAACUUUUUCCAUUUGUUUCGAUUUGAUAUGGAAAUCGAAGACACUGGAAAGCCAUGGGUCGUCGGCGUCAACGCGCACCCUUCGCUCGAGCCGCACGAGUUUGGCUCUGGGUCCACUGAAGGCUUCUUCGCGAGUCUGGCCAACGACAUGGUGCGACUCUUGGGCGUUCAAGCCCCGCGGGACAAGACCCCCGAACAACUUGUCGUUCAGGCCAGUCCUGCGCACUGUGCCACGAAAUGCGACGAUCGCAUGCGCGUAUGGGACAUGACGUGCUGGCGAUGUCCUGGGUGGUUUGCCCCGCCCGUGGCCACCGCGUUGUAUGCGUCAGCGACCGAGUAUUCGAGACGAAGCCGCUUCCACUUGGCGUUCCCGACCACAAAAGGCGAAUACGCAGAAUUCAUCGACGGCGGGUUGUCGGCGGCGGACCAUGCAUUCUACGCAUACUUGAUGUCAUUCGGGGUCGACGAUGCCACGACCGACAUCAACCAUGACACUGCCAAGUGGGAUCCGUCCGUGCUAUGUGUGAAUCGAGCACAGUGCAGCCACCGUGGCAACUGCAUCAACGGCCGAUGCCAUUGCGAUGCUGGUUACGAAGGCAACACUUGUUACAUUCCUUUAGACCCCGCAUCCAUGAAUUUGCCCAGCCGAAGCAUUCGCCAUCAAGCCGUCAACACAGCGGAUGAAGAAGCGUCAAACCGCGUCGACGGCGGCGUGAUAUCGUAUACAGAGUGGGCAGUGAUCGUCGUGGGGCUCGCGCUCGCAUGCUACGGCGGGUAUCGCGCGGCGUUGCACGUCGUAAAGACCCAGGAGAUGGAGGAGAAGGACAACUAAAUCGCUGCUUUCCCAGCCCAUAUCAAAGUGAACAAACUUUAUACAGUUAAUAAAUCCCGUCGUUGCGAGUGCUA